CUGGCAACGCGACUGUGAACGCGCGACUUAGCACCUGACACCUCGUCGGCCAAAGGGAGGUGAAUGUAGAUCUUGGGAAUGAAACUUAAAUGGUUUCCCUAUCUACCCGCAUAGUCUGCCAGAUCCUUCGCGGUGACAUCUUACCCAAACCCAAUGUAGACAUUCAGCAGUGGACUUUCGACCAAAUUAAGAAUGCCCAUGUCCCGCUGGACCCUGUUUUGCCGAAAGCACUCGAACUAUACGUCGAAAGUGUUGGUAAAAGAGGACCGGUAACCGGGAUAUCUGAAGCAGAUAUAGCUCUCCUAUUUGAAAACCGGAAGACCAUAUCAGCACGACAUGUCCUUGCUUUAUACUACGUUUUGCUCUAUAACGAUAUGGUAGAGGAACGAAGAUCAGGUCUGCAAAAACAAGGCGGUGAUCCCAUCUACGAAUUGGAGGAGUAUACCGAUAACCUCUUGGACCGUAUCCCAACGAAGCAAAUUCUCUCUCAUGUCGAGGAUCCUUCAAACCAACCCACAUACCACACUCUAUAUCCUCGUUUCUGGGCACUCAUGUGCGCCCAGUAUCCAGAGGUUCUCGAUGUCGGUGGAUUUCUCUGCGAGGAGGGUUGCAGGGACAAGAGUGCGGUGGUGCCCGCGGCUGUCAGGGGUUUUGCUUUGAUAGGCAAAGAGAUGGAGGCAGCGGAUGUCAAUAUUUUAUUAAGUAGUGGGAAAGAAGAGGAUCUUCGUGCAGUUAUAUCGUAUCUGGAUUCCCUAACAUUGAUGGACCUCCAAACUCAUUUCGCGACCGUUACCACAAACCUACUACCCCGCAUCACAAACCCUCAAACCACAUCAGACAUCAGCACACAAUUCUUUUCCCUUUGGAUAUCAUUAUACACGAUCAAUCCCCGUGAAACAUGUCUGGCGACUGUGAAUACCUUGAGGCCUUUGAAUGCAAAGCCUUAUGAUCACCAUACACUCGUUAUGGAUCCAUUGAUUGUCUUCUCAUGUCGAGAGGUAUUCAGACGAGGCGCCUUAAGAAUUUUCCUGCGGGUCUUGACGUAUUACAUGAUUGCCUCGAAACAUCGAUGGAGGAAACUAUGGGCCGGCGGAAUAAAGCCGGAGGCAUACCUACCUCCAACAACAAUAGAUACCCUCAUACAAACCCAAGACGCGGCCAUCAUCCAAUGUCUUCUCGAAGGACUAGUCGGCGGCGAGGAAUCAAUCCGCCCCUUUAUAUACGACUUUAUUCACCAGAUGUUCAUUGAAGAUCCAAUUCUGAUACGCGUUGUCGCAUUCCAGACGUUUCCGGUGGAAAUAUUAAAGGGGGUUGUGGAGGGCGUGCCUUCUAUGCAUGUGUGUUUUGAUUUUGUCCCAGGCAUGCUCGAGCAUCCGAAUAUUCGCGUUAGGGUAUUUGGAUUGCAAUUGUUUGGAUGGUUGGGCGAAACCUAUCCAAUCGAAAAAAGUCUCCACCAAGCAAAGCAUUUGAUUCUACCCAACAUCGCCCACCUGUGCCUUGAUCUCUCCAAAUAUAACAAGCACCUUAAGGCGUCCAGGGACACGGCAACGACAAUUCCUUUUCCCCCACGGGUAGAAGGCUGGACGGAAACGAUUGUAGGGGUUUUGGUAAAUAUUGCUAAAGCGUUUCCGAGUUUAGUCGAGAGCGUUGGGAAUCUUCUGGAAGAAUUGAAGCUUCCAAUGCCAAUGGCAGAACUGCGCUCGAUCCUCCGGAAUGCAUAUCCGCUACAGGACACUGAUUCACCUCUGGAUGCUCUCGCAAAAUUCCAGGAUGCAGUCAGCCUCACGUUUGGCAAGGUGCUGAGAGACGUGGUACUGAUGGAUCCAGAGAUGCUAGAUAAGAGUAUCCGAUAAAAACACUGCAUAAAACUGUCACACAGAAACUACAUUACAGAAUCCCUGUUGCGCUCAUUACAGAUAUGUGCACUCAUGCAAAAGUGCAUGAUCA